AUGAAGUGGCCAACGUCCUGGCCGAAUUUCGUCCUCUCCUUGCUUUUCAUAGGCCUCAACUUUCAUGCGUGGACACAUAGCGAGUCUUCGGGCUUUGUGGAGGGCGCGGGAUGGACGAAGGAGAGGAAGUUAGACGCAAGGGAGCAGAUCCGCUCAUUGUGGUACCACGGAUUUGAUAACUACAUGAAGCAUGCCUUUCCUAUGGACGAGCUCAGACCGCUCUCCUGUAAAGGGCGAGGUCCAGACUACAGUCACGUUGUGGAUAUCGCAACGAACGACGUGGACGGCAACUUCUCCGUUACCCUUGUCGACGUGCUGGACACUUUUGUGGUCCUCAAUGACACCGCAGGCUUCGAGCGCGCCGUGCGGAAUACGAUCGACUUCGUGCAGUUCGACGUCGAUACCAAGCCCCAGGUGUUCGAGACGACCAUUCGCGUGCUUGGAGGACUCCUCUCUGGCCAUCUGUUCGCCAACCAGACCGGGCAGCCUUUCCAUCUACCUUGGUACCGUGGCGAGCUCUUGGAUCUGGCGCAAGACUUGGGCAACAGGCUACUUCCUGCGUUCAUGACACCCACGGGACUGCCCAUCGCAAGAAUCAACCUGCGGCAUGGGUUGCUCAGAUCCGAGACCGUCGACACCUGUACUGCCGGCGCAGGAUCACUCAUUCUAGAGUUCGGCUUACUCAGCCGACUCACUGGAGAUGCGCGGUUUGAGAAAGCCGCCUACAAGGCGUUCUUUGCGUUGUGGAACCGAAAGUCAGACAUUGGGCUCGUCGGUAACACUAUCAACACCUGGACAGGAUCGUGGUUACGACCCGAAAUUUCCGGCGUAGGAGCAGGAAUUGAUUCCUUCUUUGAAUAUGCCUUGAAAUGGUAUAUUAUGAGUGGCGAGGUUGAGUUCUUGGACGUCUGGCAAGAAGCGUAUGCAGCUAUCAUGCGCUACUCUCGGGCACCAGAUGGGUUCUGGUACCGCAGCGUCAAUAUACACACAGGAGAUCUAGCAUACAACACAUUUGACUCCUUAUCUGCUUUCUGGCCGGGCCUGCAAGUGCUUGCAGGCGACGUCGAGAAUGCUAUCAAAUCGCAUCUAACUUAUUGGAAUCUAUGGAGAAUGCAUUCAGGACUGCCGGAAGUAUGGGAUAUGAGCUUCCGACAAGCCACCUCAUUACAAUACCCUCUGAGGCCAGAAUUUGUAGAAUCGACUUGGUAUCUAUAUCGCGCGACCCGCGACCCAUUCUAUCUAGACGUCGGGGGACGCAUCUUGUAUGACCUGAUCACUCGCAGCAAAGUCAGCUGCGGCCUCGCCAGUAUCAAAGAUCUACGCAGUAAAGCCCACGAGGACCGCAUGGAGUCGUUCGUCCUGUCCGAGACUCUCAAGUACCUCUACCUGCUUUUCGACGAAGAAAACCCCAUCCACAGCGACGACUCGAACUAUGUCUUCACGACCGAGGGACACAUCCUCUGGCUCUCGCCCGACCAGCUGCGUCCGAUGUCCGCUGUGCGCCGGCAGCUCCGCGGCGCGGAGCACCAUCACUGCCCCGUGUACGCGCCGCCGCUCGUCGCGUUCGACGACGACGUCUUGGAGCGGGGGCUCACUGCGGGCAUGCGCGGGCGUGCGGACAUGGAGUACAUCCGCGAGCUGGUCGGCGGGCGGGCGGGCGAGCACGAUAUGAGGUGGUGGUCUGAGGGCGGGUGGUGUGAGAUCCCGAAGCCGCAUUUGUUCUCGUUUGACUUCAUAUUGUCUCCUGGAGGACAGCUCGUGCCGGAGGACCCUCAUCCGACUGUCGAGAAGGUCACUUUUGUCCCGGAUGGAUAUGUGCUGUACAACGUUACGGGCAUCCGUGCACACAUCGUGAGCAGGCUCGAUGGCAGGGGCUACGACAUCACAAGGCUGGGCCCCUUCGCAGUUAAGACGGGCCAGGUAGUCUAUGUGAAUGACCCGGAGCUCGUUCUAGCGCCCCUGGACGUGCACGGCGCCUUGGGCCGCGUCAACACGCGUCGAAUACCAGAGGUGGCACUGCGGUUUUAUCUCCGGCACAUCGACCCGCUGUUCCACCUCCAAACCGGCCUCGACGAGGAAGUCCCUAUGGAGUUGUUCGCUACUGCCUCUACAGCACUGUUCGGCGCCGACCCAAAUGCUCCAUCAGUCGAGGGCGAGCCACCAAUACACUUCGGGGACGGCGAAGGCGUCCGUCUCGUAGUCGAGCCUUCCAACUCCCUCGGGUGCCAACCCUACACACGGACGUUCACGCACGAGGCGGUCCUCGUGCACCGCGGCGAGUGCACCUUCCUCGAGAAACUCGUGCUCGCGCGGGAGGCUGGUGCCUCGGGCGUCGUCGUCAUCAGCGACGAAGACCUGAACAUCAACCCAUCCGCGGACGCUGCCGACCUGGACGGCGUCGAGGGGCUCAUUAGCGACGCCGUCGCCGUCGUGCUGAAGCGCUCGGUAGGCGAGGCUGUAUCGGCGAUGUUGGCUGUGGCUGAGGAGCGCGGGAUCGGGGAGGUACUGAUCGCAGUCGAGUCGGAGAUGCAGGGCUUCCAGCCCCUGGCGGACCAGCAGCCUGAAGAGCCGAGCAGGACGGCGGAGGCUGAGGCGGAUGCAAGAGGGGACUCGGAGGCGCACACAGCUAGCGAUACUACUAUCCGCAUGCUGUACAUCAACGGCCAUCCGUUAGUUAAUACGAGAUUGGUUGUUUGAGUACACUGCUUGAAUCCAGCCAAUUGGUUUUCUCGCAAGUACGCUGCUCGCGACG